AUGUCACCACGACAUCAACCACUGAACAUUACCUAUGCUUCUUAUAUGAGAAAUCAUCCCUUUGGCACAGCUCUAUACACCCCACUGUCUAUUAAGGAGUUCCACCCCGGAAUCUGUGGCUAUUUCGAUUCAAAUGGGUCUUGGAAUCCCAUCGCUGACCUAUCGGAUUCGACGAAAUUAGAGAAACAAGGCUAUUCCACAGUGAAUGAAGAGUUAGAACGUGCUCCGACAGAUACCGACAUUCAAUGGGGCCCACUUACAUCGGAGAAUGUGGUCGCGCAUAAUAUCGACUUCUCUGGUGGGAUAUCCUCUGGGCUUGCUGCAGCCCUCCCUGUGAAUCUUUCUGCAGAGUUGUCAUUCUCGAACUCGACAUCUGGAGGUGCAUUACUGCUGACGGCACCUCCAGUCGUUCAUGAACGAUUCUAUCACGAAUCCAUGUUCAAAAACUGGGUAAUCGAGAACGCUGCGCAAUUGGUUAAGCAUCGCAGUGAGAUUCUAGAGCAUGGAUUGUGCGUGGUCACUAAUAUAUGGGCAACGGAAGACUGUGCUAUUCAUGUAUGGGAUCAAGCUGGAAAGGAGAUCAAAAUCGGGUUCGAUGUGGGCGUAGAUGCAAUCGGAGAACUGGGACCUGGAGUAGGGUGGUCUGUCAAUCGGAAGGAUGGUGGAUGGAUGCGGUACAAGGCCAGCAAGGAUGACCGACUGGUUGUAUUCUUCGCUGGAUUGAGGUUCAGAUCUAGGAAGAUCCCAAUCCAUCGCGAGAUUUUGAAACCGAUCACCAGAAAAUUCGAAGAUUUUAUUACUGUUUCAAAGACGAUCACAAACGUUCCUAUUCCAGGAGACAAUGAGAACAUCUGGGCUAUUGAUUGUGAGCAUAUGGAUCCAACAAUGCUUGACCAGAGAAUAUAA